AAAUCAUAUGAUUAGAGAGCCCAAGCAAUCUCUCUCGCCAUGCACGUGAGCAAUUGACCUGUAGUAUUAAGGCAAUGGCCGCAUUUUCGUGCACUGAAAAACCGUGAUCGAAAUUUAUAUUUUGCGCUUUUCUAAUGCUUCUGAUGAAAUAAAGGAUCCACGUUUGCUCGUCAUUUUCAAUGGCUCUAUAUCAAGGAUAUAGAGCCAUUGAUAAACGGCCCAAGCCGAAAGUCGAAGACCGCUCCACCUUAUCUAGUUGCAAACGUUUGCGAAUAAUUAAACAAUUACAGCAUCAGACAAAUACUUCUCAAAUAAUGUUUUGGGUUUGUCAAGAAGAAACCCGACGCGUUCGUGUUCUCAUUUUAUUUUUCAAAACCAAAAUGCUCGGCCCUAAAUAAAAAAGGGGCGUCGCAUGUUUUUCAAGGGAGCUUGCAAAUACUAACCAUCAGCCCGACUUUUCAUUAUAAGUACUGAAAAUAUGUUAUGACAGAUUUCCCUUUCUGAGUUGUUCACCAUGGUGGUCGCAUCCCCUUCACCCCCUUUUGGCCACGCCUUAAUAGGUGGCCCCCUUCCCAAUCCCCUACUCAUAAAAGAGGAAAAUAAAGAAAAAGAAGAAGAGUGAGAAUAAGAAGUUCAUUUCGUUCUUCCGCUCAUAUCUCGCAUCUGUACCCGUUGAAAAGCACAAACGGCAUUGCAAGUUCAGGAAUUUCACGCGUGGGAGAUGUAUUCGAAAAGAAUUUGACAGGAAUACGAAGUGUAUCGCAUCGUGAAAAAAAUAGGCGGUAAGAAAGCUGGGCAAGAAAUCGAAACAAUCAAAAUUAUUUUCUCACCCGAUGCUUACCUGGGUAUCUGCUUACUUUGAAUUAUACCAAUUUUGUUAGAAAACAAAUUCUUGAAUAAAGAAAUAAUUUUCUCUUAUAUACUGAGAAUUUUAAAUGAAGAUGAUUAAACAACUAAAUGGAAUAAUGUAAUGAGUUUUAGAAAUAAACAGUGGUAUAACGAUUAUAGCCUGACUCUAUAUUACCAAUACCAUGCACAUGACUUGCAACUGUCAAAUACAAAAGCGAUAACCGAUCCGGAUCAUCAAUCAAUAACCCCUAUGUGUUUUUAUUUUCACUGUCAUUUAUCAAGUAAAUCAAGAGACAAUAUACUGUUAUCAAUAUUUUUUUUUAAAUCUUAAGAAGCAUUUUAUUUUCUUAGGAGAGAGCAUUUCACGAGUAUAUAUGGACAAUAACAGAGAUGGCUGAAAAUAAUUGCGAGUUUUGGGCAUAAUCGGUAAACAUGUAUAGGUCUACCGCACCAACAAGUCUCAAAGAUUGCCAUGCAUGUCUAAGUAUAAGCACAUGUCUAAGUAUAGCACUUGUACUGUGAAACUGCGAAUGGCUCAUUAAGUUUGUACCCUUUUAUAAGGCACAUCUUACACAACCACGCCCACACAAGCCUCUCCUAGCUGCGCCCAUUGCAAAAGAUACCCCCAAAGGCCACGACCAUACAGGGCACACAUACUGGUAAAAUCCGUACCAAUCUGAGCACACACAAAUUCAAACAGAAUAGCGCUCUUUGCAGAGCGUGGAGCUUGUUUUGAUAUCAAUAUUUUUCGCGUUUCUGUCACACAAAAUUGUGAAAUUUGCGAAUUUUAAGAAGCAAAAGUAUCGAUUGAAAGAGCGACCGUACCUUAACUUAACCUUAGCUACGCCCUGUUUAUUUUAGUAAAGAGCACAUGUCGAGAAUAUAAGAUUGAAGGCCUCAUAUCCAAUCAGAGUGCCUCUUUGUCUUUGCGUCUCGACAUCAAUCACUGUUGCAUUGACGCCUCAUCCUCAGUUCGUUGUCGUUUAGUUCGUUGGCGCCGUUUUAAUCAGCUAUGGCGUCUUUGCUUGUGGCGUGUUUCACGUUAGCUUUCUGCUGUGUGAGCAUCGUUGAAGGCAAAGAAAUUACGGAAAACGAUAGAUUAAAGCUUAGCGGACAAGAUUACGUUCGCUUUGAACCAACCGCAACCAAGAAAACAGCGAAUAACUUGACAUUGAGUUUCAAGACGAUUCACCCGAACGGCCUUCUGUUCUUCACGGGGAAUUUGGGCGUACAACACAUCGCUGUUUACCUUCAACACUGCAAACUCAUGUAAGUAUUAUUGUUACUUUUUUGCUUGCAACAUUUUUUGUGCAACUUUUGUGGCAUUCCGCUGUAUUUUACAGAUAUAGUUGGAGUUUGGAGAUAUAAAUGAAAAAAAGAGAAGUCCUUGCAUAAAAAAAACAUGCUUGGACAUACUGCUGAACUAAGUUGGGACACGUUUCCAAGAAAACACAAAACGCACUUUCAGCCCAAUAUCGAUAUGUGUGUCCCUGGGAAUUUCGUAAAGUUUAAACUCUGAAUGAGAACCGCCUGGUGGCAAAAAAAAAAAAAAAGAUAACGUUCAAGCAAAAAAUAAAAAAAAGCUUUCCUAAAUGUAUCAACACGUAAACCUAACCCAAUCCUAAUAAACCCCUUUACCCUAACCUCCUUUUGAUACAUUUAGGAAGACCAAAAAAACGUUCUUAUCCAAUCUGUUUUUAAUUUAACCCGACAAUCUACAUAAAGCAAAUGACAAGAGCAAAUAAAGAAAGAGAGUUCUAGAAGUUCUACGGAGACAAGAAUAUCGCCUUUUCCGUACGUAAUCACAUACUUUCAUUAUUCUUAGAGUAAAUGCUACGCUCUGCCCGACACAAGUUGGAUUCUGUCGCUACAAUAACGCCUUCUUCGGAAAAAACAUUUGCGAUGCUCGAUGGCACAGCGUCCACCUCUUGCACCAUGGAACAGGAAUUUGCCUCAGACUGGAUGGGAAAUGGCGUAAUGGAAGUAUCCCAGGGCCAAGCUUUGUAAAGAUAACAAGCUCAAAGGUUUACAUUGGUGGGACUACCUCCUUGGAAAAAGAGUUGGGCAUCCCUAAUUUCCAAGGCUGCAUAAAGAAUGUCCAUGUAGAAGGCACCAACAUUCUUGCAAAGCCUCAAAGCCCCAAUAUGCACAUUGUUGGGAAGCCAGCCAAAGGUUGCACAGCACAGGGGAAACCAAUUGGAUUUCCAGAUCCUUAUGGCUAUGUGCGUGUGCUUCGGCUUGACAACAGUUGUAAAGUGGUCACAGGAAAACUGAGGAUUCACCUUUUCUUCAGGACCUAUAGCGAGUUUGGAACUUUGAUUUACAUUUCUGCGAGCAACAUGGAUAUUGUGCUUACACAUCGAAGAGGAAAACUUUUUAUAUCUACCAUAUUUGGCAGGCAUUACAUUAUAGAACGCAUUGGGAAGGGACUUGCUGAUGGUAAUUGGCACAACGUGACUGUGCAAGUGUCAAGAAGAGGCUUUUCCCUAGCUGUUGAUCGGAUCGAACCUGUACAAGUUAGCUUCUGGGUGCAGAUAGCAGAGUUCCGGUGGUUUACUGCCAUUUACUUAGGAGUUGCAUGGGAUUUGCAACCUGGAUUUGUAGGAUGCAUGAAGGAUGUUAAGAUAAGAGGUGUGAAGAUCAGGGAUCAAUCUGUUAUCAGAUAUCAUGGCCCAAAGUUUGGUGUUUGUCCAUUAGAAAACUACUGUUUCCCUAAUCCAUGUCUGAAUGGUGGAGUGUGCCAUACCUGGUAUAAUAAGUACACAUGUGAUUGCUACAAAACCUUUUAUACUGGGAGCACAUGUGAAAUGCCACUACUUCUCAAAGCUACAUGCGAAGGAUACAAUCUAUCCAACAAAUCCAGCUGCUUUAUUGAUGUUGAUGGCAAAGGGGCUCAAGCGCCUUUCCUUGUUCUUUGCUACAAGUCACUCUCAGGGAAGAUUGUAACAAGCAUAGCUCACAACAAAAACACCACACAGCAGGUUUCUGAUACUGAAAAAACUUUGGAUUUGUCACAAAAUGGUGUUCCUGAUGUGAACUUCCUUCAUGAGAUCAAGUAUUCCACAGCCAUACAAGGCAUCACAGCAGUGAUAGAAAAAAGUGUGGAAUGCAGACAACUGAUUAUGUUAACAUCAUUGAAGAAGGGAGCUGGUGGUGUAACACUGAAGUGGAUUUCAAGAAGUGGUUCACUCCACUCAUGGGUUGAUGGGACUAUCAAAAACAUGGACCAGCCAGAAAGUCAGCAAACAAGCCAGACAGACUGUGACACAAUUAACAGCCUUGUAGGGGAUGAUAAUACGCUUUGCAACUUUACAGGAUAUCUUACAGAUAAAAUGGUCCUACCAGUAAUGGGUUUGGUAUUUAGCUCUGAUGACUAUGGAGCCAACUUUCAGCUAGGCCCUCUCGAAUGUUUUGGUUCAAAUAGCAGUUUCCUCACAGACAAAGCUACCCAACCAUCAAAACAAGUUUGCAAGCCGUCAGAGGUCAGUGCACAGAACCCCAUGCAAGUAGUAGCCCCUCUCCAAGAGUCUAUGCAUAAUAACAGCCUUGAAGAACUGUACAAGAAAUAUAUCAAGUCGCUUGAUGCAGAAGAUACACAUUUAAAAUCGAUUUCCACCAGUGCACACCCAUCCAGAGCAACAACAACUGCAAAACCAUUACCCAAACAGUACCAACCGACGAGUGAUGAGACCCAUGCAGCUUCUCCCCUGGAGAGUACCAACCCUUGGUCUGGAAACCUGAUGUUUUUACUGCUUGUGACCCUGAUGUUUCUAGUACUUCUGCUUUUGGUUGGGGUCAUGAUCUAUUACAUUAGACGGAAAGGCUGCUACCAUAUGUGCUUAUCAGAGCUGAACUGCAUUCAGCAGUGGAAAGAUGCCCACUGUGACGACAUCGCCCCACCUCAGGAAUCCGACCCUUGGAUGACCAUCAACGCUGGAGGCUACAAUGUUAAGACUGGCAAGAUUACAUACGGUGCUUUUGUAUGAGUGCAUCUGCAAAUUUAUGGUUCUGUUAUGUGCAGCCUGUUUGUGAUUUAUAUGCAGAAUGUUGUGUUUAUAGCCCCAAGCAGUAUGGGGUGCUUUGGGUUUUAGAGGGACUUCCCACUGAUUUAACAUCAGAAGACGUAGUAAUGAACAUUGUUUGGAUAAAAAUAUAUAAGCUUAUAUUCCUUAUAUUUGUUUGAAUGUAUUGCAGUUUAUCAUUGAUAACGUGGGUGUGAUUAUAAUAAUACUUAAGAAUUAUACCAUGAUUUAUCAUUUGAUGAUUUUUUGGUAAUUGAACUUUAGAUUACUAUUGUAGUUAUUACGUUUACAUAGAAUCAAAUUUUUACUUCGAUCUUAAAA